UCUAUUGUUUAUUUAGGUUGAACCUGAAUCUCAGCUGCUCGCACUGAGCGGUCUGCACCGGUUUCCCGGCGUAUCUUGUAGUAAUGCAGUCCUUUCUGUUUGUAAUAUUCUGCUUCAAAAUGAAUUAUACGUUGAGCUGAAUCCACGCGGUCCACGCAUCCGACAACGGGAACAUGAAAUGGAGAUCACUCGGACCAGACCGUCCUUGUAUGGAGAAAUCGCUCAUGGCCUUGGAUUCUGGACAGAUCGGUCAGCGGUGCAUGAGGCGGCUGCACAGGGCAGGGCCCUGCAGCUGCAGCAGCUGAUAGAGGGAGGUGCAGCAGUUAACAUCGUGGCUGUGGACUCCAUCACCCCGCUGCAUGAAGCGUGCAUACAGGGACAGACCCAGUGUGUCAGACUGCUGCUGGACGCUGGUGCACAGGUAGAUGCUCGUAACAUUGAUGGCAGCACUCCGUUGUGUGACGCCUGUGCAGCUGGUAGUCUGGAGUGUGUCAAGUUGCUGUUGGAAUAUGGAGCGACGGUCAAUCCUCCACUGUUUACCUUCUCACCUCUUCAUGAGGCAUGCAUGGGAGGCAAUUCAGACUGUGUUCAGCUCAUGAUUGAUCAAGGAGCUUUCAUGGAGGCUCAUGACUGCCACUAUGGGACACCACUUCAUGUAGCCUGUGCCAGGCAACAUUACGACUGCGCCAAAGUACUCCUCAAUGCAGGGGCAAAUGUAAAUGCUGCCAAGCUCCAUGAGACGGCUCUCCAUCAUGCAGCCAAGACUAAGAACAUUGACUUGAUUGAGCUACUUGUGGAGUUUGGGGGGAAUGUGUUUGCCAGGGACAACCUGAAUAAAAAACCCAUCAACUACACCAGUGUGGGAUCUCCCUCUUACAUCUCCCUUGAGUUCUAUGAGAACACCCCCCUCAGUCUGCAGCAGAUCAGCAGAGUGACUGUGAGGAGGACUCUCGGCAAAAGAGCACGUGAAGUUGUUUCGAAACUGGGCUUGCCCAAUCGCAUCAUAAGCUUUCUUUCUUACAUUCCGCCUCCACCUAUUGAAAUUUAAUCACCUCUGUCAAAUUUAAGUGCAGCUCUCAGAAGUUCAAAUACUGUCCAGUUAUACACUACCAUUCAAAAGUUUGGGGUUACUUAGAAAUGUCCUCAUUUUUGAAAGAAAAGCAGUUUUUUUUCAAUGAACAUAACAUUAAAUUAUUCAGAAAUACAAUCUAGACAUUGUUAAUGUGGUAAAUGACUAUUCUAGCUGGAAACCGCUGAUUUUUAAUGGAAUAUUUACAUAGGGGUGCAGAGGAACAUUUCCAGCAACAUCACUCCUGUGUUCUAAUGCUACAUUGUGUUAGCUAAUGGUGAUGAAAGGCUAAUUGAUGAUUAGAAAACCCAUGUGCAAUUAUGUUAACACAUGAAUAAAAGUGUGAGUUUUCAUGGAAAAUAUGAAAUUACCUGGAUGACCCCAAACCUUUGCACGGUAGUGUAUCUGCUGCUUCUGUGGUUCCUCUUCUCUAGAAAGUCAUAUGACAGGAUGUUGACGUUGGCGGAGGAACUGCACAGAUGUUUUAACACUGCCAGACGAGACAGAUGUACAGAGAUUUCCUAAGAAUUUGGAGACUGAUACUGAAGCAAGCUAAAAAAAAAGUCUUCAUUUGCUUAUGAGCUUAUAGCUGCGCCAAGACAUUUUCUUUAAAAUCAUUUUGGAGCAGAAAUACAGUCUUGAUAUAUGUAGCAUCAACUCAUCUAGCUCUGGUGGCUAACCUGUUUGCACACAACUUUCUGCUUACAUAUGUAGAAGAUAUAAACUUGUCAAAAAAUCUUAAGCUCAAUACUCAGCUUUCACCUCUGGUUUGGCCCUUUAACUCCUGAGUUAAACAUCUUCACCGGCCAGUUUUUUAUUUCAUGUUUGCAGUUUGGUGCUUGGCAGGUUGUGCACAGUUUUGGCAAGAAAAAUGAAGGCCCUGAGAUCAAAUGACUUGCUGCUGAAGGCCGUACACACCAGCGGUAAACCCACACAGGUGAUUUCAUUGUUUUGGGCCGAUUCAGAUCUUCUUUCAGGGCUGUGGGCGCAUACAGACUAUCCAUCAAGCUCAGACUCUCCUGUUAGCUCCUGUUUGCACUUGUUCCACGGGCCAAGUUUCACCUUUGAGAUCGUUUUUAUUGCCCAGUGAGUCUGGUGAGCAGAGGUCUAAUUAGUCACAAUAGCUGAACACACCUGUGUUUGAAUGCAGGGCCUUCAUUUAAUACAUUUAAUCCUCGGAAGCUUUGGAAACACCGUUAGUCAUUUCACAAUACUGAGAGCCAUUUGAAUCAGUGUUAGUAUAAUACUGUAUGUACAUGUGUUGCUUCAUGGAGCCUGAAGUCUAGAAGCAUGAACGUUGCUUGUUCAUCACGACCAACUAUGUGUGAAUGUAAGUUACCUCAUAGACCCUGUGUUACUAUAUUGAACAUGGAACAUGUGGUUUGAUUACUAGAAUUAUAUCACUGUAUGUAUUUGUAUGUAUAUAUAUAUAUAUAUAUAUAUAUAUAUAUAUUAUGUAAUUAUUUAUUUUUAAUGUAAAUUUGUACAUAAUACAGAUGGUUCUACCUCUAUUUGUGUAAAUAAAUAGAUCACUAUCAAAAUAUUUUAUAAACAAUUUAGUAUAUUGAGUCCAGUUUUGAUUGAACUUUAGGCAUCACACUUCAGACGUGACUGCCUAUUUUUCAGUUUUGUUUUCCAAUAAUGCUCUUAGGGAAAUUGUUACUUUAAAGAACUGUACUUGUCAAAACCGCUUAUUCUGCGAGGUAAUUCAUUGCAAACUUUAUCAGUCUGCCUUCAAAAGUGUAUUCUAAUAUUGUAGCAUUGACUAAUGAAAAUGAAGUGGUCCCGCCCCAUAUCGGUUCCCUUUUCGCGGUCUCACUGUAUCGCGGAUUAUUCGCUAUAUUGCGAGAUUUUGCAGUAUAUAGGUAUUUUUACAUAUUUGUUAUUGCGGCGAGUUGCAUUGAAGAAUGGUGCUGGGUAAAAGAUAUCUGCCUUUAAUGCACUCUGCAACUGGCGGAUGCUUUUGUGUUGACACACAAGGAAAGCGACACUACAGUCAAUGUGGCAGGAAGUCAUCAAACACGCUACACUUCACACUCACGGUCCUGACAACACAACACUCGGUCAAACGAUCUAGGCUGACUAAACCUGGUGGGGGUGUGGAACGUAACCCCUGCAAUAGAGGAGGGACCACUGUAUUUCAAACUUGCUGUUCAUUCUCAUAUUGGAUAUGGAAAGUGCCCUGGGAUAUAGGUUGGCUUAUUAGUCUUCACAAACCAUUUGCACUUAAAAUAGCAAGAAAAACGUUAAGUAUACUUACAGGGCUUAAAAUGGUAAUACAAGGUGAUAAUGUGCUCCUGAGUAAAUAAACUGAGUUCUCCAGAAUCUCCAAAUGGAUAUGGGGAAUAAUUACUAAUUAAAAAACCAAUGAUGUUCAAUAGGCCAUAAGCAUAUCCAAGUAAAAAUGAAUACAGUCACUAAUGUGUAUCUCCCAGUAAAUGACAUGAACUGAAAUGCAGGUCAUAGUCACUGGCGAUCAGGAGUGCAGAUCGGGUAGAUUUUGUCUCAGCUGGGAAACUCCAGUACAGUACUGGUAUCAUUGCAUACAGUGUUAAGAAAGACUGAACUGUAAUCUGGCUGCCCGAGCCCAGUUUCUAACAUCUCGUUGGCAAUUCGCUGGAAAAAAUAUAAUUUUUUUUCUCUACAAAACUGAUUUUAAACGAACCCCGCUCAAUAAAACACUGCAGUCUAUCAAAAUUUACAUAGUGAAUAGAAAAUGAAAGACGGAACAGUUGAAAUAAAAUUUGACUAAAGAAAAUCCAGAGUGGAGACGUCACUGCUGUCCUUGUAAAAGGUCGUAUAGAUUUAAUGGCAGUCAUUUAGAGCAGAAAAAACGUUGAAGAAUAGAUAAAAGCAAUCUGCAGCCAUGACCUGAGAUGAAAUUGAGGCCCACCUACGUUCAGAUAAUAAAUCUAUUAAUUCCACCUGACUCACACAGAAACAUGACUGAACAUGAUCUGCUGCCUAGAGCCUCACAGGCACCUAGACUCAAAUGUUUGAUGCUGAAAUGAACAGAGCAAACAUCAUGUAUGUAACGUGCAUAAGUAUGGACUGAGCCACAUGCAGACUUUGAAACUAGCAUGUAAAAUCAAUCAGUUUUAUUGGAAAAGUAUGUUUGACCCCGGUUUAUCAGUGUAUUUACAUGUUGUCCAUGAAUCAUGUCCAAGUACACAAGAAGAUAAAGAGAGACAACCUUUAAACCUUAAUUCUUGCCGCUUAAAUGCUACAGAACUGAAGACUUUACCGAACACGGAACGCUACCAAAACAAACAAAAGAAAUCUGAAAAAUAAUUCUAUGCAUGUCCAUGACCCCUGACUUCCAUCCUGUGUCGUUAUCAGCCAAACGGCAAACAGAACGUGUUGAAAUAACCUCAACUGUGACUUUAAAACUCAAUCCGAAAAAGCUGAGCUGCGGCAGCGACACGUGGAGUGAGACAACUUCGCAGGUGUAAUUUGAGAAGGCGUUUUAAGCAUUUUCAGCCUUUAUACAGUCCACAUGCUGCGCUGCUCUCUCUGUCCAGCCUGCUACACCGGUUCCUUCCUAGUCAACAAUACUUUCACGCCUUUAACUUAACUAAGAAUGUGGUGGUUUCGCAAUUUUUGGUGUGUAAAUGAUCAAUUACAGGCAGCAACGAAUCCAAACGCCUUUUUAACUGGCUGUAGAAACAAAACAUACAGUACAUUUACAAAACUGUGUUGUAUGAAACGUUCGAAAGAAGCCACAAAGAGGUAUAAAUUUUGCCUGAGAUAGUAACAGAUGUCUUGAAACAACAUUUGCUGGCUUAUCGCUUCCAUCUGGAUUCUGACAUUACAGUGAACCACACCAGUGUUUGCAGAGGGAUUUUAUUAUCUUGUUGCUUUUUAAGUAUAUGAGAUUUAAAAGACAAUGCCACUUAGAAUAUACUAGAGAAGUGAGCACACCCCUGCACAACACCAUGUAAAUGUCAAAUGAUUACAAAUUGCAUCACCUUAAAGUAGUUUAACUCUCUUUCUCUUAAAAAAUACUCCAAAGAGGUUCUAUUGGAUUAAGUCAGGUGACGUAUUUGUCCAGGUCACAGGUUUCACUUCCCCCUUUUUUUUAGGAAAUGCUAGUGUGAUUUGGGAUCAUUACUAUGCCUGAAUAGACCUCUUCCUGCACAGUUCCUCAGACUGGGGUCAUCUUGUCAGUCAAUAUUUUAGUAUAUCCACUGGCAUUAGUGGUGCCGUCUGGCAUCAUCACACCCUCACCUCUGUGCUUCAGUGUCAGGACUAUGCAUUCACUGUGGUAGACUUGGCAAGAUUCACAACAAACUUGCUGGUGAACUCUCGCUGUUCGUCAGCCUUCUUCAUGUAAUUUAGCAAAGUUUUACCUUGUAUCUUUGUGUUGAAGAACAGACAAGAACUCGUUUCUUGGAUGCCCUUUGUAGAGGUUAGCAUCGUGACCUGUGUUGUCUGAGCUGUCACAGACACUUUGAUUUCCACUGAUAACCUCGGCGCCAAGUCUGAAGCACUUGCUGGUCUGCUUUUCAUAGCAAGACUGUCCAAUUAGAGCACUGUUGCAUCAUUUUAGGAGGCUCUAAUUAGUUGUACUAAGGGUCACUGUAUACCUGUUGAUAACGGUGCCAGCAGAUUUUAAGUUGAAUCUUCCAUCAAUCUUCCUCUAUCUUUUUGCCUUCGUUUUUUGAAGUCUCACUAUUAGAUUUUUCCUUCCUUUUUGCAACUCUUCUCCACGCAGAGCCAUGAUACAUACCUGGAGUUAGACACAAUCCAUACGUCCAAUAAUAACCAAGUUCUGGUGUUCACAUUAUAUAACCAACUUCAUACAAUAAUUGGAAAUCACAGAUGCACCCAGUUUUGAUUUUGUGAUCACAGGCUUUCACAGGGUUGUGUGUCUUGACCUGUAUGUUUUUUUUUAAAUAAAAAUAUGUGAAAAAUG